AUGAAUUUAUAUUAUGUGAGCUUAUGUUAUUUGUUUGUUCUGAAUUUGUUAGUUACUGCUUCUGCUGCUAAUAUUGCUGCCAACAUGAACUCAAUUCCUGUGCUCAACGAUGCAAACUUUAAGAGCUGUAAAGAGAAUAGUCUAUUGGUUCUUAGCUGCAUGGAUUUAGGCUAUGCAUUAAGGAAAGAACAACCUGCUUCUCCUACGGAGAAAAUUUCUGUUGAUGAAAAGGAAAACUUUGAGAAGUGGGGACAUUCUAAUUGCUUAAGUCUAAUGAUGCUAAAGCGCAGCGUUCUAGAAGCAUUCAAGGGCAGUAUGUCCGAUGAGGUAUUUGUAAAUGAUUUCCUUAAAGAAAUUGAAAAACAUUUUGCAAAGAACGAAAAUGUUGAGACACGCAAGCUUUUAGCUGACCUUGUCCAGAUGAGGUAUAAAGGAAAAUGA